UAUCUAGCCAGGUUUUUUUCGUCAGAACAUUUGUAUAUGGCAUAAGUAAAAAAAUUAGUUUCUUUCGUUUUUGAAAUUCACGUAAAGUCUUGGUUGUUUUAGACAUCUACAAUGCUUGCAUGAGCGCAAGGAACACGGAGUAAAGCACAGACAGACACGCUUUCAUCUUGAGGGAUAUAUAUAUAUAUAUAUAUAUAUAUAUAUAUAUAUAGAGAGAGAGAGAGCAUUUGGCAGCAGGAUGUGCGACGUGCAGCAGCUGCUCUGCGAUCUGGGGCAGACGUUCAACAAGUUCAAGGAGCUGCGACGCACCGAGCUGCUCAAGGUGCUCGGCCAGGUGCGAUGCUGCGAAUGCGGCCACAGGAUACGGAUGCUCAGGGCGCGGCAGCAGGCCGGCAAAUGGCCGUCGCGCACGCUCCGAUUGCUUACCGCCUGCUUUAUCCUCAUGUUAGCGCUACUUAUCUGCUGGCUACACUUGGCGCGCCGAUUCAAUCAUGCCCAAAGCCACGGCACCGGCGGCUGUCCCCACACACUCUUCUAUACCUACACCGACUGCGAUGUCUACGUUUAGCACUUUGCCUCAAUUCUUUCGGUUAAUUAGAAUCGAAUUUAUUAUUAAACAGCCGCAAUUUAUUAAAAUCGCGCUCCAAGUAGCCAGGCUGAAGGGAAAGAAUGUCAAGUGAAACUCUGCCAAAAUUUUGGUUUGUAGCUGCCUUUUUUGAUCUAUCCAAAAGUUAUAUUUAAAAAAUAAGCUCAACCUGUUCUUUACAUUAGGCCAGAACGCAAGACGCUUUUAAAUUGUUUUAUCAUAUAAAUUAAAAAAGUUUUUACUCAUUCGAAAA